CUGAGAAAAUUAUUAGCGAUUCGCAAGCCAUACCGACUAGUUGACUUUUGUAAAAUAUUUAAAUUGUUAAACGUUUUUGUAUUUGAAGGAAGGUAAUUAAUAUUAGUGGGAAGAAUUGAUUAAAGUAAAUAUUUUUUAACUGCAAAGUUGCGUACACGGCGAGCAACAGGCGGAAGACAAUUGCCAUAAAUAUCAGUAAUACUGUGCCCUCAACAAUUGGCCGAUUGGGAAAAGAGAAUUAGCAAACGGAAAAGAGAUUUACCACCAAGAUGCGCGCAGUAUUCAUUUUUAUGGCGUUGUUCGCCUAUACUGGUGCAGUUUCGUUCAGUGAUCUUGUGAAAGAAGAAUGGUUUGCCUACAAAAUGGAACACAAGAAGCACUACUCAAACGAUGUAGAAGAGCGUUUCCGUUGGAAAAUCUUCAAUGACAACAGAUUAAAGAUUGCCAAGCACAAUCAAUUAUACGCAGCGGGCAAAACUUCAUUUAAAAUGGCAGUCAACAAAUAUAGCGACAUGUUACAUAAUGAAUUCCGUGAAACAAUGAAUGGCUACAACAACACAUUAAGAAAGCAAUUACGCAGCAGCAACCGAAAAUUCACUGGCGCCACCUUCAUUACACCAGCCCAUGUUACUGUGCCGACAUCCGUGGACUGGCGUUCGCACGGUGCUGUUACCGAUGUCAAGGAUCAAGGUCACUGUGGCUCUUGCUGGGCUUUCUCCACAACUGGCGCACUUGAGGGUCAGCAUUUCCGCAAAACAAAUACACUAGUUUCGCUGUCCGAACAGAACUUGGUCGAUUGCUCUAGCAAAUAUGGCAACAAUGGUUGUAAUGGUGGUCUGAUGGAUAACGCUUUCCGUUAUAUUAAGGAUAAUGGUGGCAUAGAUACGGAGAAAUCCUACCCGUAUGAGGGUAUUGAUGAUUCCUGUCACUAUAAUCCAUCCAGUAUUGGUGCCACCGAUCGCGGAUUUGUCGACAUUCCAGCCGGCGAUGAGGAGAAAAUGAAGCAAGCUGUUGCCACCAUUGGUCCAGUUUCCGUUGCUAUCGAUGCUUCGCAUGAAUCAUUCCAAUUUUACUCUGAAGGUGUUUAUAAUGAACCAGCUUGUGAUGCAGAGCAAUUAGAUCACGGUGUUUUGGUGGUGGGCUAUGGCACUGAUCCCAGUGGACAAGACUACUGGCUGGUAAAGAACUCUUGGGGCACCACCUGGGGUGACAAAGGUUAUAUUAAGAUGGCGCGCAACAAGGACAAUCAGUGUGGUAUUGCUUCGGCCUCCAGCUACCCACUUGUUUAAGUUGUAAAUUUUCAAACAUCACAAAAAAUUUGGAAAUACAUAGGAAUCAAAAUUUGCGAAUUAAUAUUUUUUUAUAAACUACAGUGAAUUUUUAACUUCUAUAUGAAGCGUAUAUGAUUUUUUGUUUGUAUUAUUUGUACGUUAUAAGUUGUAGUAUUGUUUAUUUUUUUUUUCGUUUACUUUUGUCGAUGCGUGAAUUUGAAAACAUUUGCAAAGAGAAAAACCAAAGGUUACAUUAAUGUGUAACUUUUAUGUAUAAAACGUAAUACCACCUUUUCAUCGCCAUCACUAUAUUAAUGCAUACUUAGCAUACGAAACGUGUAAAAACAUUAUAUAAUAAAAUACAAGUUUUAAAAAAUAAAA